AUGGCCAACAGGGAUCUGGCAGUCGGUCUGAUCUUGUUAACACAGACUAUCAUUGGAAUCCUGGGAAAUUUCUCACUUCUCUGUCAUUAUACCAUCCUUUCCUUCACUGAGUACAGGUGGAAGUCCACAGAUUUCAUUCAUAAGCACCUGACUGUAGCCAACCUCUUAGCCCUGCUCUGUAAAGGAGUCCCCCAGACCAUGGCAGCAUUUGGGCGGAAACACUUCCUCAGUGACCUGGGAUGCAAACUUCUUCUCUUUCUUCACAGAGUGGGGAGGGGGGUAUCCAUUAGUAGCAUCUGCAUCUUGAGCGUGUACCAGGCCAUCACCAUCAGCCCCGGGAACUCCAGGUGGGCAGAGCUUAAAGUUAAAGCUCCUGAGUACAUUUUCCCCUCUAUUUUCCUGUGUUGGAUUCUUCAAAUGUUGGUAAAUAUCAUUUUUCCUAUGUACUUAACUAGCACACUGAACGAUAAGAACAUCACAGUAAAAAAGAAUUUUGUAUACUGUUCUUCGGUUCGACAUGACAAAACUGGAGACUCACUGUAUGCAGUGUUGUUAUCAUUCCCUGAUGUGUUAUGUUUGGGGCUCAUGCUCUGGACCAGUGGCUUCAUGGUUCUCCUUCUGUACAGGCACAAGCAGCGGGUCCAACAUAUUAGAAGAGCCACUGCCUCUUCUGGAUCCUCC